AUGUCGUUCAAACCACUGAAAUUGAUACGACUGGACCCACCUCAUUUGUUGUGGGUCAUCCCACAUUUAACUUCUAUAUCUGUUUUACAACGGUUCCAUCAAGUCUCACGGAACUGUGGGGAGUCGAUAUCGCGGUUGAAAGUGAAUCCGUGUUAUCAGGAGUUGUCACUAGAAACGAUUCUUCAAAACGACCACUCGAUUCACAUCAGAAAAGAGUUGCAGAUCUUCACAGGGAUCGACUCGUUGCACACGGACAUCAACACUUUACAACAACUUCCGCCCGAGUUGUUGUCGAAUGUGAAGUUGUUUGAGAUCUCAUUCAUUCAGAAACAAACACCAUCGUCAUAUCCGAUAUGGGAGAUCAUUAAAGACAGAGUGUCACGUUUGAUCAUAGACGCACAAAUCAUCGCACUCAUCGACUUGACUGCUCUUCCUAAUUUGAGACGACUUGAAAUCAAAGCGGGGCGUGUUGCGUUAAAUGAGAACUUACCAAUCAGACAAAUCGAGAACUUGCAAACACUCGUCAUCUUUUGUGAUGGUAACCUCUACAAAAACUACUUCGACCUCUUCGAACAAUUCGUUUGCUCAAAACUUAGAGUAUUGUAUAAACUAAAUUGGCCUGUCGACGUUAUUAAACAUAACCCACAGUGCCUCCAAAAGGUGCAGAGUUCACAAAAUUUAAAGGGGGUGUUAAAUCUUGAGGAAGUGUACACUCCAAAGAAAUCGCCAAAGACUAUGAAUUAUCAGAAUUACCAAAACGAGCAAAUACAUGAUGUACCGAACAGCUCCAUCGCACUUGGUAACACAAAUACUCAUGAAUCUUCCAAUUUUGUAUCAACAGAGUUUCAUUCGAAAAUCAUCGUGUUGGACUUUUUAAAGAAACGUUUUGAUUUUCCGAUGGAUAUGUUUAAAGAGGUUUCUUUGUCGACACAAAGCAGUUCUAUUAUUGAUAUUCUAUCUGGACUGGACUUAAAAGAAAAAGCGAUUGUGUAUAUCCACGAAGACAUCGAAGAGUCUCAAGUCAUUCUGAAUAUUGUGAACCAAAAGGAGAAUAUUAUUAUUAUACUUCCCAAAGAAAAAUAUAUUUAUAAACAAUUUGCAAAGGAAAAUUGUCAAGUCAAGAACUCGCGAGUGGCCGAGUCGUUUGAAGAACAAAUUUCGCGAUUGAUAGACCAGGCCGAGUGGAAGGGCCGCGACGAGGAAAUCAUCAAACACGUCAUUGAAAUGCACUCAACGAAGAAACAGGUGGGGUACAUCAACAAAUCGAACAAACAUUUGGUUGCUUCAAACUACAAAGAGAUAAUCAGGAAAUUUGUGGGGUUAUGCCAAGAGCGCACUCCCCUUGACAGGAGUAUUUCUUCAGUACUCGAGAAGUUAGAAAAUUUUCCCAUUGAAAGUGAGUCAAUAGAAAAGCUUCAGACUUCGAUCAACAACUCAUUUACCAUAGUGGAAUUGGUUGUUGUUGAAAUCAUAAAUUGCUUUGAGUAUUUAUCAGUGUUAUCAGUCGGAUUUUCUCACAAUUUACUGAGAAUUGCACUCAGCGCGUUGCAAACUAACUCACCAAGCCAGUCAUUCAGUGUGAACGAUUAUUUGAAUGAAAAUGUCUUGUACUGCCUGUGCCUUAUAAUACAAUCGUUACCAAGAGUGUGUAUAUCAGAGGAUGUAUCUCAGUUAUUUGGAUCGAUUCAAAUUGAAGUGGAUCAUAUUAAUCAACUGGAAUUAAAGGGGACUGCGGAAUUGACGGAAUUCAUGAAAUACAUCUCACAACUCCAAGUCGACUUGUUUAAGAUUACUUUACUCUUAGAUUGUUCCAAACGAUUCUCAUUUGAAUUUUUCAGUAUCCAUCACAGACUCAAUUUUAUCGUACUGUCUCUGUGUAACACAUCUACGACUUCUGCGCAAAUUUCUAUAA